CCUGACACCGUCAUUUAAGUUCGUGACUGUAUUAUCCUUUCUUUUAGACAGAGAUAUGGAGAAGUGGGGUAAAUUUCUGGACCCGUUCGAUGACGCGUCCCUUUCGGACGGCUGUGCGGAUUCGGUGAAGUUUGAUGCUCGUUCGAUGACUGCGUUACUUCCAAAUCAAAAAAAUGUCACGGGUGUUCAAGGAAAACUGAAGUCUUUGAAAAUUGCCCUGAUGAGUCUGUAUCUCCUCGUGUUCGUCGUUCUUAUUCCAGUGAUUGGAUUUUUAGCUGCUCAAUUGCAGCGGUUGGAAACGAAGAAUAGCACCAACAGUUCAGUCAGUGAGUUCAACACCUCUGAACGCUUCUUAGGUGGGUCCUCCAGGGAAGAAAACAGCGACGAGGAACGGUUCCGAGAAUUCACCUUAGAGCACGUGAGCGCGUUGGAGGAAGAGACUCGGGAUAUCGUGGAAGCAGAAGCGAAUCUCACGAGCUUGGGGGAGUUUCACGCUCUCAGGGAGAUGAGCGAAAGCAGAUUUCAAGACGUCUUCCUUCAGGUCAGCACCUUGUCUGCCUCAGUCCAAGCCAACGGGAAAGCAGUUGAGGAGAUUAGCACGUCUCUGGUGACGCUCAAUCAGAGUCUUACGGAUCUCAAACUCACCCUAGAGAGCUGGAAUGGCUUGUAUGUGCAGAACGUCAUUGAAUACAAAGAGGAAAUCACCAAACUGAGGGGGCAUGUGUACAAUAUGUCAGCCGAAAUGCAGAUGCUGAGAGAACAACAGGUGAAUCUGGAACAGGAAAUUAAGGGAGAAAUGAGUGUCUUGGACAACAUCACCAGUGACCUGAGAUUAAAGGACUGGGACCACUCGAUGGCCUUGAAAAAUAUUACUCUAAUGCAAGGGCCACCCGGACCCAAGGGCGAGAAAGGCGACAGAGGCUUUCGCGGAGAUAUGGGUGCGGUUGGACUUCCAGGGCAGAAAGGGGAAAAAGGAACUCGUGGCUAUCCUGGAUUUAGAGGAUCCGUUGGCUCGCCUGGGAUUCGAGGACCGCCAGGAAAUCCCGGCUUGAAAGGGGCAAAAGGAGAAAAGGGGGAAAGAGGAUCGGGAAGCGUCUUUCCUGCGGCCUCGACGGUUCGCCUAGCCGGGGGCCGAAGCCCAAACGAGGGGCGAGUGGAGAUUUACUACAAACGCCAAUGGGGCACCGUGUGCGACGACCACUGGGAUGCUGUAGACGGGGCCGUGGUCUGUAAGAGUUUGGGGUACUUGGACGUCGAGAAAGUGCACAUGAACGCUGUUUUUGGACAAGGUACCGGUCCAGUGUGGCUGAGUGAAGUACAGUGUUUGGGGCGAGAAUCUUCUCUUGAAAAGUGUUUAUUCAAAGGGUGGGGCGUGAAAACGUGUAGCCACUCUGAAGAUGCGGGGGUUACUUGUAAGGUGUAAUCUCUUAGAGGACAGUGAUCUCAUUUCCUCUCUCAUCGGAUGGUUCAUAGCUCACUGAAGGUUCAUUUGUUUCACACCCACUUGCGUAUUUGACCCAUGUUUAGCACACACCUUGAAUACUAUCAGAAAAAUCAACUUAUUGUUUACAAAGCAUCUUUACUCCCUAAACGUUUUCUUGUUUGCAUUGCUUUGGGUUACUGUCUGUCCUCCAUCCACAGAUAGGUUCAGAACAGUAACUUUCUUUUGUGCCUUAUCCACCAAAUGUGGGCAUCAGCUUAUACUUGAAAAAGAAAAAGACAGGCUCUUUUUCUGCCCAGAUCAUAGCACAUACUUGAAGCUGGAGGUGAAUUGGUGAGAAAAAGUUUGGUCUGUAGGUCGUGGCUGAGUGGAAAUAAUGCAGGGCUGGGAGGCGGGACACGGAUUUGAGAUUUGAGUAGGCUCUGUCUGCUGAGUGACCUUGGGCGAAUCACUUAACCUUUCUAGACCUCAGUUUCCUCAUCUAUAAAAUGGGGAUAAUUUAGAUUGAGACCCCCUACAGGGGCCUGUGUUUGAUUUCAUAACCUUGCAUUACACAGCUUUUAGCACAUAGUAAGCCCCUAAUAAAUGCCAUAAGGAAGGGGCGGAUUUUAGU